GCAUGACGCAGCGACGUCGACUGGUGCCUUGCUCUCACCGCCGAAGCUCACUCUUUCUCAAGGUGCUGCUUGCGAUGCGCUUCGUUAGCUUCUUCGCGCUUCUCCUCGUCUCGACGACCGUCGCUGCGCUCAACAUCUCGGACGACGAGCGACAUGAGCUCUCGCGCGACUUGAUGCUCUGGCAACAAAAGUUUGGUGACGAUGACCACGUGCGCGCGGCCAUGAAGCUCGUGCGAGGGACCUUGACGACCGACGACCUCCUCCGACGCUUGAAGGCGACCAAGGACAAGCUGCCAGCGCUUCAUGCGACCAACCCGUACGCCACCUUUAGCCACUUGACCAAGUUUGCACUGCUCACGGACAACGAGUUUGCGCGGUUCGUGUCGGGCUCUGCAUCGGCAUCGGUCGUCCCGCCAUUGCCUGCUGCACCGGCAUCGACCCACCGCUCAAAUCGCAGUGCAGAUGUUGGCGGCGCCAUGGACGCCUACUCGGUCGACUGGACUACGAGGUCGAUUUGCGUGCCGCCCGUCAAGUUCAAAGGCAACUGCGGUAGCAACUGGGCAAUCGUGGCGGCGGCGGCCGUCUCGUCCACGCACUGCCUCACGACGGGCGACGCCAUCAACCUCUCGGCGCAACAGGUCUUGAGCUGCUCGUACCCGAGCGGCACAGACGGCUGCAAAGGCGCUGGCUUUGCGCAGCAUGCGAUGCGGUGGCUCGUGUCGCAACCGAGCGCCUUGUGCAGCGAGUCGGCGAUCCCGUACACGUCGGGCGAGACGGGGUCGGCUGCGUUUUGCAGCGACAACGCCAAGCCGGUCCCAUCGUGA